AAAAGUAUUAAUAGAGAGAUAAAGUGUUUUUAAUAAUAAGGGUUUUAAUAACUGUUUAAUUGACAAUAAUAUUAAUUUCAUCUACCAGUGCACACACACACACACACACCAAUUUCAAACAACAACAAAAAUAAAUACCAAACAAUAUAAUGGAUAACACAAGAACCGCUGGUAUAAUGAUGACUACAAGCCCUGGUUUUCGGGUGAAAAAGUCGAUUAUCUGCGGGUUUGCCCUAAUCUGUAUCAUCUGGAGUGUCGUUAUUAUGAUAAUCCGGGAUAAACUGGUCGAUCAGGCAAUGAUUCAUUAUCAUAGAUUAAACGAUUACGAUCCCGACUAUGAGGAAUCAGUUAAGAGUAUAUCCAAAAACUUGGUCAUAGUGUUGGCUCUGCUGGCAAUACUUGUCCAUACAGUCGGACUGAUCGGCGCCAUCAAAGAGCAGCUGUGUAUGACUAUAACCUAUGCUGUACUGUUGACACUGUCGGCUAUGGCAUCCAUCGACUGGACCAUCAAAGGUGUCUAUCCGUGGUAUAACUUGCUGUUUGUUUCGCUGGUGACUAUUACAGCCUAUUCGUAUGCCCGCGAUUUGUAUCGUCGACGCCGUCAACAACAACUGGCCAGUUCAGUACCGAUUGUCAUUCAAUCGGCCGCCGCACCAAAUAUGGUGAUGAUGGCCGACAUUGGCAACGGCGUCGGCGGCGGUGGUGGUGGAUAUGCUGGUACAGUACCGGCACAGUGGCCAUUGAUCUACAAUCAAACCAAUGGUGGACAAAACCAUUAUCAAGUUGGUGGUGGUGGUCAACAACAACCACCCGGUUAUGGACAACCAUAUAAUGUUGCUGAAGGACAUGUGGUGUACAAUGAAAAAGAUAUGCCUCCCAGUUAUUAUCCUUAAUAUGUCUGGGAUAUGUGGGUGGGUGGUUGGGUGGUUGAGUAGGAGUGAGUGAGGGAGGUGUGGGGGUUAGGUUUAUAUGAAAUUGAUUGAUAAUUAUAAAUGAUUGUUAUGUUUAAUAGCAUUUAUUGUUUUUGGUGUGUGUGUGUGUGUGUGUUGUGUAAUAUUUUAUUUUUAUAUUUAAAAUGAUCAAAAUGUAUGUAUGUAUGUGUGUGUGUGCAUGGACAAUUUUAUCUAGAUUAUUAUCUAGAUAAUAUGACUUAAUUUUUAAUAACAGUUAAUAAUCACCAUA